AACCCCAUAAAGACAUUCUAUCUGAAGUCAAAGCUUUUUAGUGAAGACAUAAGCUUUUCAUUAAACUGAUUACAUAUCAGUGAACCAUAGUAGUCCUAUAAAAAGUUUCAAAGACCAAAACAGUGGAAAAAUAAGAGCAGAUAUCGGAAAUACUUACAAACAUCGGCAAAUUAGGAAGGCUUGCGGGGCUAGAUAUAAAAUCUUUCCACCUAUAUACUGUACUCGCAAAAUCGUGCAGAUAAUAAGAGGAACGAGUCAUCUCUGUGCGGAGGAUAGGUGCCCGAUCUCGAUGACGUAGAUAGCCGAGCGUCUUUGCAAAUUCAAGAUUAUUUGAAAUUAGGAUCAUUUGGACUUUACAAUCUGGAUAUAAACUCGAUCCAUUGAAAAUAUCUCUCCGGAUUUCAGUUUUUGACACAUCUAACGAAUCUAUUAUCAGGUAAAUUAUCGAGUAACUAGUAAGAUUGCAUAAUUAAAAAAACUAUAGUUAAAAAAGAAUUAAAAACAAACUCUCACCUUUCGGGUUUGGAAUGUUAAUAACUGCAACUUCGGGUUAAAUUCAGAAACAUCGACAACGCCACUUUCAUGGUACAUUCUGAUCCUUAAAUUCUAGCACGUGCUGUUUUAGCUAGUAUUUAUAGAGACUUAAAUUUGCUUAAUAGCACCAUUAAUGAAAAUGCCACAACAACCAUAAAGAGUUUUAGAGAACCUAUUUGGGCACCUUUUCAAUUGGUUCAAAUUUGGGCCUUAGAGAGGUUUCAAGCAUUGAAGCCACGCCCUUAUGGCAAAGGGCAUCACGGUUUACCAAAGGUGGCUAGAUGGGGUAGAAAUGAUGAAAACUAAAAUCUUGAAAAAGGUCAUGGAUUGUGCAGGUUUUGGAGAUGGAUUUUUGUGGCAACCAUAUGAGAAUUCACCAUGUAUUGAGGUCUAUAAUGAAAAGGAUAUGUGGAGAUGUGGUAAUCCUUGUUUAGAUAAAGAGUUAGAGUCGUUUUCUCGAUGUUUGAGGGUUUGUGAGUUGGUUGGUAUGGGAUGUAAAGAGAAGUACUUCCAUCAUCGUGUCGCAAUGCAAUUUGGUAUGGAUCAAGAUAUUCCUGGUGAGGUUUUUCUCUGUAAGAAGGAUCCUUGGAUGAUUUAUAACGAGCCGAUCACAAUAUUGGAUUUAGAUUUGCUCAUUCAAUUGUGUUCUAGACAACCAAAUGUUACUUCUAGAUGCUAUGAUAGAAUCAAGGUUGAAAAAUCUGAUGGCCUAACUCUACCUGAUUUUACUUCAAAGCUUGAGAAACAUCAAAAGGAAGCUUCUGAUAAAGAGGAUCACAUAGUUUAUGAACUAUCAAGUUCUGAUGAUGAAGUAGUUGGAAAUGGUAAGGCUUUGUGUAGUUCUGAAUUUGGUGAUUUUACAUCAUCAGAUGUGCUUGAUGAAGAUGAAAUAAAUAGUCUAUUUUGUGAUGGAAAUGGUGAGAAAGAGGAAAGUGUUGGUCCUUCGAUCUUAGACAUUGCAUUUGAUGUUGAAAACAGGAUUGAGAAACUCGAAAGAGAGGUUGUGAAGCUCAAACAAGCAAGAUUUGGCUCUAAGGUUGAAAUUGUUGGAGCCAAAGCUAAGCCAUAAUACGUUUUGAUUUGUAAACCACAUUUUUUUUGCUAAUUAUGUGUAAUAGUUUACUUCAGUUUGUUGCUAGUAGUCCCCUUUUUUGUGCAGCUUGCUAUAGUUGCUUUCAAUUGGUAGUAAUAAUAAAUAUAAACUGGCACCGAACUUGGGAUAUUUUGCUGAUCAUGGAAAUAUCAAAGUGAAUUAGGCUACUGAUUUUGUUGCGUUUAUCACUUUAU